GUGGUAAAAUGAAAUUGAUCUAUUGUGGGAAAGGAGAUAGGAGCAUGGUGCUGAAGUUGGUUUAGAGUGAAAUGAUAAGUGACUCAGAGGACGCAUUAGAGGUAAAGGAGGUUGUAGUUCGGAUGGUCAUUGCAUUGUUGGCUAUCAUGAGGGGGUCAGAAUGGAAGUGGUGGAGACAGGAGGGCAGCACUAAGUUUAUUGAUGAAGCGAUGUGGUAUUAGUCCCUGUACUAAUAAAAGUUCGGUAGUUCAUUCAUAACAGAAUUGAAACAGCCUUGUCCUUAAUUGAAGGUUUUAACAAACACAUGUCCUUACUUGUAAGUCUUUACAACUCUGUGCCCUUAAGUGUGAAUUCCCUUAAACGUAAUUGGAUUGGCUUUAAGGCCGGUCGGUUGCAUGGCAUUGGUAAUUUAGUUGAUUUUCAACAGUGAAAAAAAAAAAAAAAAACUUGUACACGUUUUCUGGCAUGUGAUUGCCAAGAACACUUGUCAAGAGGAAAUGAGUUAGUGGAGAGAAGUUAAAUUCCACAUAGACUUUGUCUUGCAACUUAGUAGAGAACUAAGUUCGUUUUGCCAUUUCCUUCUGUGUCAUCAGAUGAGAAAAGAGGAUAGGAGACUGAGAGUUCAGGAGAGCAGCAUAAUGCUGGAGUUUGAAGAAAUCAGGAGGGUUCCCAAGUCCUGCACAGCUUAAGUGAGUGACUGUAAGUUCUGGAUUUAGAGACAUGCAGCAGUAGCAGAAUUGGAGGAUUUUGAGGGAGAUUCUAGUUAAGGUUAAGCUAACUUGAGACUUUGUUAACUACGAGACAACUAACAAUUUGUUGGGAGACUAAGGAACAUCUACCCACCAAAUGCAAGCCUAGAAGCUAAAGCUUGGUAAGACAAACUUGACUUCUGCCAAAACCUAGUCCUGGCUCAGUUAGUGUGUCUAUAGGAAUUUUGCAUGCACUUAGAAGCUGAUGGAGGGUUUAUCAGUUUUUUUAAAGAAAACUUGUAAAAUUUA